AUGAGAAGCAAAUCCAUCUUAGCUGGUGCCGUUAAUGUUCCAAUUGAACCAACAUCAAAUGUUGACUCACGAACGACAAACAAUAUUGUCAUAAAGAACUAUAGUUCGGAGUGUUUGAAAGAAAAAGAACCAGAACUUAAAUCGGGACCUUCGGUCUUGGAGCAUGGCGCCGUGAAUUUAAACACAGCUUCAAACGCUAACGCUACAUCAGAUGUUAAGUUAGAGUAUCCACCACUGGACCAAGUUCUUUCAAGAGAAGCCAACGACAACCCUUACACAAAUGUUCAAACAAAUCCUUCAGAUAACGUAGACCAUUACCUUCUUCAGUUAUACCAAACAAUUUUACUCAAAGACGAUAAGAAGCUUUUGACAAAUCUUAUAAGUAAGAACCAAAUAAUUCUAACAAAGGAGGACCUUGAAAAUGUUAUCUCACGAAUAACAGGGAAACAAUGUGUCAUUGACUAUCUCGACCCUGAAAUCGAAUGCUGUGGUCAAACUCCACUAUUCAUGAAAAUAG